CCCAGCGCCUCCGUAAUUACAGAAAAUACAGAGAGCACAGAGAGCUCUUCCUGCAAGCAGCACCAGAGCGGGGGAAAUGUGCGUUAGCUAAGCCAUCUCGAUGGAGUUCGCUUUUCUCAGCUUCAGGAGAGAGAGGAAAAAACCGUCGGGAAGUUUUGCAGCUGGGAUCUCCCAGCUCGGCUCAGGAUCGCACCCCCAGCGCCUCUCCAGACUUGGCGAAGCACUCGCCCCUGGCGCUCUUGGCCGCCACCUGUAGCCGGAUCGGACAGCCGGGCGCCGCCCCUUCGGAUUUCCUGCAGGUCUCCUACGACCCAGCUCUGGGAUCCCCAUCCAGGAUCUUCCACCCGUGGAGUAGCGAGAUGCCAGCCCAUUCCCCCGGGGGGCUCCCCCCUCCGCAUCCCAGCCUGGGGCUCACCCCCCAGAAGAGCCACCUGCAGCCUUCCUUCGGGGGCGCUCACGAGCUGCCCCUCACCCCCCCGGCUGACCCCUCCUACGCCUAUGAGUUCUCCCCAGUCAAGAUGCUCCCUUCCUCCAUGGCCGCCUUACCCUCCAGCUGCCCCCCGGCCUACGUCCCCUACGCCGCCCAGGCCGCCCUGCCUCCCGGCUACUCCAACCUGCUGCCCCCGCCGCAGCCCUGCAGGCAGCUCUCCCCCAACCCGGCCCCCGAGGACAUCCCCUGGUGGAGCCUCCAGCAAGCGGGGGCGCCGGGCGGCUGCGGCCACCGCUUCCCUGGCGCCGCCCUGCCGAGGAGCCUGGUGCUGGGCCCCUCGGACCUGGCCCAGUACCAGACGCAGAUCGCCGCCCUGCUGCAGACCAAGCCACCCCUGGCGGCCACGGCCCGGCGCUGCCGCCGCUGCCGCUGCCCCAACUGCCAGGCGGCGGCGGGCAGCGCCCCGGAGGCGGAGCCGGGCCGGAAGAAGCAGCACAUCUGCCACAUCCCGGGCUGCGGCAAGGUCUACGGCAAGACCUCGCACCUGAAGGCGCAUCUGCGCUGGCACACGGGCGAGCGGCCCUUCGUCUGCAACUGGCUCUUCUGCGGCAAGAGCUUCACGCGCUCCGACGAGCUGCAGCGGCACCUGCGGACUCACACGGGCGAGAAGCGCUUCGCCUGCCCCGUCUGCAACAAGCGCUUCAUGCGCAGCGACCACCUGGCCAAGCACGUGAAGACCCACCAGAACAAGAAGCUCAAAGCCGCGGGCGACGGCGUGAAGCGGGAGGACACGCGGGGCCUGUGACCCGGGCCCGCCGCCCGGCCGGAGAAAUUCGGGACCCACCGCCCCGCCUGAGGGGCCCCCGCAGCCGGAGCCCUGGCCCGGGGGGACCUGCAGCCCUGGGAGGGGCAGGAGCUGCGCCUGCGUCCGCGGCCCUGGAGCCCUGGCCGGGGAGAGCUCUGGGCUUUGCCGCCUUCUCCCGGGAGGCGCUCUAGCCCUGCGAGGGCGAUCGAGGACCCGUGCCCGGCCCAGGAGGGCCUAAGGUCUUCGGCCCCGGCGCUCUGGGAACUGGAGCCCUGCCCUGGAGAUUUACAGGCCCCCCCGGCGGCACUGCCCUAUACCGCCCCGUUGUCCUGAAGAAGCCCUUGGACAAGUCCCCUUCUCUGGCCCCAGGGCAAAGAUGCGGGAAAUACGUGACUCCUUUACGCCUUGCUACUGGCAUCAGGAUCUUUGUCGCUGCUGCUCAAUGGGGUGAAGUGCCAGCUGUUUCCAGCCCACUGUCCCGCUCCCGUCCAGGGAGAGCUCUGGACGCAGGCUGGGCCAUAGGAUCACUCCCCCAGUUUGGAAACGGAGUUACUUACAAGGGGCUGCUCCAAGACAGUAAAUAGGAGCAGCAGCGUUAGUCUGGGGACCUGGCUCUUGCGUCCUCAUUUCUUUCAGGGGAAGAGACUGAACUUUUGUGUACAGGUUAUUUAAUAGCUUUGUUUGAAUAAAAGUGUUUUUCUUGUCCUUGGCUCCACGCGGGGCUCCAGCAUGAGAUGUUUCUGUAAAGCGACCUGCAACUGCAGCGUGAAAAUAAAUACAUUAACACUGGGGUCACAUUAGGAAGAUCCCACUGA